AUGGAGAAACAGGUUCGUUAUGGUGAAUUAGAUCUUACUGGUAUAAACGAUGCCGAGAUUGCUGGAUACCUUAAUGGGAAGAAGGAAAUUCAAUUUAGAAAGCUCAUGUGGGAACUGUUGAACAGAGAUCGGUCUAGAAAGGGAAAGCGACCGCAAAAGGCUCUUAAAUCUAAGAAGAAAGAAGGUCUGGCCAACAAAGCUGUUAAAAUCGAUGGAGAUUUGAGCGAGAACAUGAAGAGGACGAGAGUCAGUUGUAAGAUUAACUAUGAUGCUUUAAAGAAACUUAUGGAGGAGGAGACAAAGGAGAAAUCGACAAGUCCUGAAAUGAGGGAAGAGGGUGAAUAUGCUGCUGGAGAUGAUUAUAAGGAUAUGUAUAAUGAUGAGAAUUGUGAAGAGGAUGAUUUUGAUUAUGAGAGUUAUAAGUACUGA